AUGGCCCCAAAGAAGACCGUCGGAUCAGGAAGAAACACCCCAGCCACCAAGACUCAAAAGAAAGUAGUCAAGAGAGUUGCUGGUGAGAAGCAUCACAACAAGAAGAGAAGAACCGAAACCUUCUCAGUCUACAUCUACAGAGUUCUCAAGCAAGUCCACCCAGAGACCGGUAUCUCAAAGAGAUCUAUGCACAUCAUGAACUCAUUCAUCGGUGAUAUCUUCGAAAAGAUCGCCCUUGAAGCCUCAAAGCUUGUUAGAUACAACAAGAAGCACACUCUCUCAUCCAGAGAGGUCCAAACCGCCGUCAGACUCCUCCUCCCAGGUGAACUCGCCAAGCACGCCGUCUCAGAAGGCACCAAGGCCGUCACCAAGUACAGCAGCGCUUGA